CUUUGACACCGACAAGUUAAAGGAAGAUUAUUGCGCUUAAUGUGCUUCGACUUGAUUCUUCCUUGAAGUCUUAGGUCACACGGGCGUGUUUUUUUAAGUCAUUAAUAUUCUGCAGCAUCGACAUAAACAAUGCAGCGUGUUUUCGAGACUUUCAAACAAGCGCAGCGCAUUGGCUCUGGUCCGCUUCUGUCGUCAACCCUGAGCCCUGUCGCUCCCCCUGAAGACCCAAAUAGGCUGUACGAUAUUUAUACGAGCUCAAAUGAAACGAGAAUAAUAUCUGAUGCUCGCUCUGCCAUCAUAUAUCAGCAAACUGGAUACAAGUUAUCAAAAGCCGAGGGCAACGCAUGGGUGGACAUAUAUGCUGCUUACUGGAAAGCUGUCGGUCAAGUAAUAGCCACAGAGACCGAUGCUAGGGCUGGCACAUGGUCAGCGGUCUAUGAUGCUUGGAAAGAAUUGGCAAAUCUGCUCAUAAAAGGCUACCAAAGUGCAGACUUUGAGGCUUGGACGUUACCUUGCCUCUAUGUCACCGGAAAAUACCUUCGUACCUUUGCCAUCAAAGCUGAUGACCAAGCACGAAGAAGAGGAACAGUCACUUUUAGCUCCGGGUUCCAAGAUGAUAUUGUGAGCGACUAUGGAAAGAAUGACAAGCUUGAAGACGCUGCGAGAGUGAUCAACCGCAUUUUCACAUUGUGCAUUAGUGAUCGAGCGCCUCUGGAGGAGUCUCGGAAAUGGGGCCUUUACUAUGUUAUAAACCUGCUAUUCAAGACAUAUUUCAAGUUGAAUUCUGUUCCCUUAUCAAAAAAUAUCUUGAGGGCCUUACAAGCAAACCGCACGGAUAUGCCAGUACUCGAAUCGUUCCCGGCGUCACAUAUUGUCACUUUUAAAUAUUAUGUGGGAGUCAUCUCAUUUCUUGAAGAAGACUAUGUUCAAGCCGAAGAAGCUUUGACCUACGCAUUGGCGCUCUGCCACAAGGACGCCCGGAAGAAUCGCGAGUUGCUUCUUACUUACCUAAUCCCAUGCCGUCUUUUAACUACCCAAAGUCUUCCCAGUGCCAAGUUAUUGGCUGCCUAUCCUCAUCUUGAGCAGCUCUUCAAGCCAAUCUGCCAAUGUAUUAAGAAGGGCGAUCUUGCCGGCUACGACAAGGCCCUCAUUGCUGGCGAGGAAGAAUUCGUGAAGCGGCGAAUUUAUCUUACUCUUGAGCGGGGCCGUGACAUUGCACUGCGAAAUUUGCUCCGCAAAGUCUUCAUAGCAGGAGGCUUUGAGACGCCAAAGGACGGUGGAGCACCCAUUCGACGCACUCGUGUUCCUGUUGCCGAGUUCGCGGCUGCGAUACGGAUCGGCAGUGAAAUUGGACAAACCAUUGACACAGACGAAGUUGAGUGCAUGCUCGCUAAUAUGAUUUACAAGGGUCUCAUGAAGGGCUACAUUGCUCGAGAGCGGGGCAUAGUCGUGUUGAGCAAAGGCGGAACAGCCUUCCCGGGCACCGGUGUCUGAAUAACUCCACCGUAAAUUUUGCUCUCCUUCGCCUUCGAGCUAUAUAUACGUCGUCCCAUGUCACACCGUUCUUGUCCUGCCAAAAUUUUCAGUUUGCCAGGAUGAACCAAGCUGCAAUGUAUUCCUAAGAUGCCCAGCGGCAACUGAGCUAGCCAGAGGUUUGCGGAGCUUGUGGAGUAUGCGUCAAGCAUCCGAUUCAGCUGGUUUGUUCUUCGCCUCAUCUGAGCUUCACGGCA